CAGAGGUGCAGCUGUUGUUAUUAUUAACCCAGCUGUGUAAUCCCUUGAACUAUGCAAGCUCAGCGAAACGCAGGUCCCAGAAAGCAGCAAACCACACCUCAGAUGAGGAUAGGAAAGACCACGCAUUUCAUUCCUUGCCUCUUCCUGCCUUCCGACUUACACAACGAUCUGCUAACAAGCCUGUCGCUCGGGUUGCUAAUACAAGCCCUGGGCUGUUGAGUUCUGCACUGCUGGAGAACCGAGCUACACUUAGUGCAAAUGCAAGUGGUAAUCCAACAACGGCCAACUACAUGAGGGACAUCAGUGAAAAGACCGUCUCAAUUUGCCUUCAGCAGAAGGCUCUUUCUGGUGUCACGAUUAUUUUGGAAGAGUGGCAUUUCCACUGCCCAAUAGCAGUCCAAGAGAAAACAUUCUUUUGAUUGGUUAGAGUCAUCAGAAAAAAGGCGUCGUUCAAAGCGGUGGCACCAAAGGAAGGUGGAAGAGUGUUGUGGACUCCAAGACUGUCGCUAUGGAGACUCUGCUCUCUCAGGCCGAACAGCUGCCCAGCCUUUUAGCGGCCUCCCGCUCAGCGCUGGUGCGAGGCUGGGAUACGGCUACUCUGCAGCGGGCUUUGGAUUGGGGCCACUUUUUCCAGCAGCUCCACAGCCGCCUCCUCUGCCAACCAGGCCUCAGGACUGCUUUAGAGAGACGCCUGUGCCGGGGGCGCCGGCUCAGCCUGGGCCAUUUGAGGCGCUGCCCACAACUGUUGGGCUUGGCACUGCUGGAGAACCGGGCGCUGUCUUCUGCUGCUUAUCAACACCUGCUGCGUGGCCUCUUGUUCCCUGGAGGCCACGGUGAGGGCUCCUUCAUCCCGCUCCUGACCAGGCGCAAGGCUGCCUCUCAGCUCCUCUGCGUCCAUUUGGCACCGCCUCCUGAGGUGUCUGCUGAGCACUGGGUGACUCCCCAGCUCAGAGCCCAGGCUCAACUGCUGCUAUCGCAGCUGCGGGAGGAAGGAGGCGGGGAGGACCGUGUCCCUUCCUCCUUGGUCCUCCUGGACCAGCUCCCGCGUGGCCUCAUGCUUUACAGAGUGGUGGCGGUGGCAUUGCUGGAGCCCGCUGGGGAGGCCAAGGCCAGAGCCCUGCUGCUCCUGUGGUUGUUACAGGGAGAUCCAGCCCACCUCUCUGUUUUCUGCCGCCUCCUGCCUGCCCCAGGGAUGGCUUCAUUAUGCAGCCGGUAUCCUGAGUUGUGUGUCCAUUACUUUAGCUAUUUAGCCGCUUGGGGAAGCCGCCUCAGUUAUGACCUACUGCAAGGGGAGUGGAAAGUCAGCGGUUUGGAAGAGGACGAAGUACCCUGGCAGGAGAUGCGGGAACGAGUUGUUUGUCUUCUGCAGGAACCAGAGCCUCUUCACAGUUCAAUAAGGACCCAGUUGAGUCAACUGAAAGCCAAAGAUGGGGACUUCGAAAUCCGGGGCCUGAGCGUGUGGACUGAUCUUCUGCUGGACAUGGAGACUGCUGCCCUGGAGAAGAUGCUCGUCCCUAAUCUUUUGUGAGGGCCUGAGACGAAGCAUCAGGAAACCUAGGGAGGGAAAAUGUUACUCUUUCAUCACCUCAGGGAAAGAUAACUUGAUGCUUUUGGUUUGCAGUCUUGAAAUCGAAUGGCAGUCUCCUGAACUGUAGGGUGUUCACUUACAUUGUAAUAGGGCUUUUUGUGAAAGUGAAGCCAGCACACCAUGUUAAUCCACUUUUUUCACUAAUGGCUGAGCGACUUUGUUCUUUAGCUUGCUUAACACUUGACUUCUCUGUAUUAGUCCACUUUCUCAAUCAAUAAUGGCAAAAAACCUAGCAGCAACUUUGUAAAGAAAUCUGGUUGCGUAUUUCUGCAAAGUCAAAAUGUAUAUUUUGGAAGCUGCAUUCUUGUGGAUACAAUACAAUAUUUGGUUUGGAACGGAUGGAUCCUUUCUGCCACAUACCUAAGAAUUCUGUUUUGCUAAGAUUUCUAAAGGAAGGCAAUUUAGUGAGAGUAAUUUGAUCCAACUAAGAGUUUUCAAGAAUGAAGAUUUGACUUCUAGGUGUAGGCCUUAUAAAUUUACUUUUAUUUGGAGUCAUUCUAAACUACAUCUCAACAAAUCUUUUGCCAGAAAUUUAACAUAAUUUUUUUUGCUGAACAUUCAAGAAUUGCAUAGAUUUAAAUACGUAGGCUACAGGCUGAAGAUAAAGAUGCUUGGUGGUUUCUCCCUGUAAGAGUUUGGACUUCUCAUUGAGUAACCAGAAGUUUAAUUUGUUUUGUGACUUUAGUAAAUUGUAUCUCAGUUACAUUUUUUUCAGUGUGAUCAAUAAUGAACCUGUUUUAAGCAUACUGUAUAUUUUCAUAAACCUUCAUUACAUGUUGACCUCAAACAAUGAGAAACAUUUUUGUAUAUGUAUAAUGAA